UCUACACAAAGCUCAGCCCUCGACAGACUGAAGGGGAGAGUCUUCAGCUCACGGACAAGAUCAGCUCCUCCAAGAAGGAUGCAGAGGCUCACAGAGCUGGCCACUGCUUUGGGCACCUUCUUGGGCCUGCUGGCAGUGGCAGCGAUGGCAGGCCCCAACAUACUGCCUGUCCACCAGCGCCAAAAGAGAGACUGGAUUUGGAAUCAAAUGCACAUAGAUGAAGAGAAAAAUGAGUCGCUGCCCCACUAUGUGGGAAAGAUCAAGUCCAAUGUAAACCGUCAGAAUGCGAAGUAUGUGCUCCAAGGAGAACAAGCUGGCAAGAUCUUCAGGGUCGAUGCUGACACAGGGGAUGUGCUUGCCUAUGAGAGGUUAGACCGGGAAAAAGUCUCUGAGUACUUCCUUACUGCCCUCAUUGUGGACAAGAAGACCAACAAAAACCUGGAACAACCUUCCAGCUUCACUGUCAAAGUGCAUGAUGUAAAUGACAACUGGCCUGUGUUUACGCACCAGGUAUUCAACGCAUCUGUGCCCGAGAUGUCAGCUAUAGGGACCUCUGUCAUCCGUGUGACAGCAACGGAUGCAGAUGACCCUACUGUGGCUGGCCACGCCACUGUCUUGUACCAAAUGGUGAAAGGAAAUGAGUACUUCGCCAUCGAUAAUUCUGGACUCAUUUUCACAAAGGACAAAAACUUGGACAGAGAGACACGGGCUGAAUACAAGAUCGUGGUGGAAGCACAAGAUGCCCAGGGUCUGCGGGGAGAGUCAGGCACAGCCACUGUGCUGAUCAGAUUGGAAGACAUCAAUGACAACUUCCCCAUCUUUACUCAGUCCACAUACACAUUUUCGGUGCCUGAAGAUAUCCGUGUGGGCAAGCCCUUGGGCUCUCUGUCCGUUGAGGACCCAGAUGAGCCUCAGAACCGGAUGACCAAAUACAGUAUCAUGCAGGGCGAGUACAGGGACACCUUCACCAUUGAGACAGACCCCAACCGUAAUGAGGGUAUCAUCAAACCCACAAAGCCCCUGGACUAUGAACUCAUCCAGCAGUACACGUUCCACAUCGAGGCCACAGACCCCACUAUCAGACUCGGAUACCUGAGCAGCACUGCGGGCAAAAACAAAGCCAAGAUCAUCAUCAAUGUCCUAGAUGUGGAUGAGCCCCCUGUCUUCCAGCGACGCUUCUACCACUUCCACCUGCCCGAAAACAAGAAGAAACCACUGAUUGGCACUGUGGUGGCCAAAGACCCCGACAAGGCUCAACGCAGCAUCGGAUACUCCAUCCGCAAGACCAGUGACAGAGGCCAAUACUUCCGAAUAACCAAACAAGGGAACAUCUAUAAUGAGAAAGAACUGGACAGAGAAACCCACGCCUGGUAUAACCUGACUGUAGAGGCCAACGAAUUGGAUUCUAGGGGUAACCCUGUAGGUAAAGAAUCCAUUGUACAGGUUUACAUUGAAGUUUUGGAUGAGAAUGACAACGCCCCAGAAUUUGCCCAGCCCUACGAACCUAAAGUAUGUGAGAAUGCUGCCCAGGGCAAGCUGGUAGUGCAGAUCUCUGCAACAGACAAGGACGUGGUGCCAGUAAACACAAAGUUUAAGUUUGCCCUGAAGAAUGAGGACAGCAACUUCACCCUCAUCAACAAUCACGACAAUACCGCCAACAUCACAGUCAAGUAUGGACAGUUUAAUCGGGAGCAUACCAAGUUCCACUACCUGCCUGUGCUCAUCUCCGACAACGGGAUGCCCAGCCUGACUGGAACCGGCACGCUAACAGUGGCUGUGUGCAAAUGCAAUGAACAGGGCGACUUCACCUUCUGUGAGGAGAUGGCCGCACAGGCGGGUGUCAGCAUCCAGGCACUGGUAGCCAUCUUUCUGUGCAUCCUCACCAUCACAGUGAUCACCUUGCUGAUCUUCCUGCGGAGGCGGCUCCGGAAGCAGGCGCAUGCUCAUAGCAAGAGUGCGCUUGAGAUUCACGAGCAGUUGGUCACCUACGACGAGGAGGGCGGUGGCGAGAUGGACACCACAAGCUACGACGUGUCUGUGCUUAAUUCUGUGCGCACCGGCACCAACAAGCCUCUGCGGUCCACGAUGGAUGCCCGGCCAGCAGUGUACACACAGGUGCAGAAGCCUCCACGACUGGCGCCUAGCCUGCACGGAGGGCCCAGAGAGAUGGCCACCAUGAUCGAGGUGAAGAAAGAAGAGGCAGACAAUGAUGGCGGUGGUCCCCCCUACGAUACACUGCACAUCUACGGCUACGAGGGCACAGAGUCCAUCGCAGAGUCCCUCAGCUCCCUGAGCACCAAUUCCUCCGACUCUGACAUCGACUAUGACUUCCUCAAUGACUGGGGACCCAGGUUCAAGAUGCUGGCUGAGCUGUAUGGCUCAGAUCCUCAGGAAGAGCUCAUCAUCUAGGGUUUGUGGUCUUUGGGCCUGGGGACCCAAUCUCAUUGCAACCUGGAUCAGACACCCGACAUUGCCUUCCCUGAUUUCCAAGGUGUGACACAGACUCGCCAGCCCAGCGGCCCUUGCCUGUGGGUACCAAAGACCCUCCAUCCCCAAGGUAGCAAAUUUCAGGUCCCUUAAAUAUCCAGGAACAGAAACAGAAACAUAUCUUAUUGAUGGCCACUCCAAAAAACUGGAAAAGCGAGACUAGUAUUCUCUCUGGGAUCCCACCCUGUCCCCACACCACCACCAC